CAGAUACUGAAUGAACAUCUCUUAAACAGUUAUUCAAUACAUACUGGGUUGGAGACAUGGCCGGAGAAAUGUCAAUGAUAGGUUCUGUCAUCCUGGCUCUACUUCUGGCUGGGUAUCUGGGACAGCAGUAUCUACCGCCUCCAAAGCCCAGGGUCAUUGGGCUGGAUCUUGGGACCACGUUCUGCUCUGUGGGAGUGCUUCAGCCUGGCACUGGCGAGAUUGAAAUUAUCGAAGAUGACAAAGGUCGCAAAAGCAUCCCGAGUGUGGUGUCAUUCACUCUGACCGGUGUGUUUGCUGGACAUGAGGGCCAGGAACUGUCUGACGUAAAUCCUCAAAAUACAAUCUAUGAUGCUAAGAGAUUUAUUGGAAAGAUUUUCGAUGAAGAGACUUUAGAAAAAGAGAGUGCAAGAUACCCAUUUAAGGUGAUAUUCAACAAUGGCAGUGCAGAUUUUUUAGUCAAUACAAACAGCACUUUCACGGUUACUCCUGAAUUUAUCGGAUCCCGUCUCCUGCUGAAAAUGAGGAAGAUGGCUGAGAAGCAGCUGGGAGUUCCUGUCGAGAAAGCGGUCAUAUCAGUGCCAGCAGAGUUUGAUGAGAGGCAGAGAAACUACACCAUAAGAGCUGCUAACCUAGCUGGACUGGAUGUCCUGCGGGUGAUCAAUGAGCCCACAGCAGCAGCGAUGGCAUAUGGACUGCAUAAGGCUGAGGUGUUUAAUGUGCUGGUGGUGGAUCUGGGGGGAGGAACACUAGAUGUGUCACUACUCAAUAAACAGGGCGGCAUGUUCCUCACCAGAGCUAUGGCAGGUAAUAACCAGCUCGGAGGGCAGGACUUCACCCAGCGUUUGCUCCAGUACACCACAGAGCGAGUUCGGCAGCAAUAUGGCGUUCCCCCUACUCUUAAAGAAGACAUCCAUCUCCUCCGACAGGCUGUAGAGGCCGCCAAACUUAACCUCACCCAAGAACCUCACGUUCACCUCCGAGUUCCUCUGUACCUCCAGAUGACAGGAGCCAGCGGAGCGCAAGAGGAGAAAGUCCUGUUUGAGGAGAAGCUGACCAGGGAGACAUUUGAGGAGCUCAAUGCCGACCUCUUCCAGAAGAUCCUGGCUCCCAUCGAGACCGUCCUCGUCGAGGGCCAUCUGGACAAGCAGGAGGUGGAUGAGAUUGUCCUGGUUGGAGGGUCUACGCGGAUCCCUCGGAUCCGGCAGCUCAUCAGUCAAUAUUUCGGAAAGGAGCCGAACACGUCAGUGGACCCGGACUUGGCAGUGGUGACCGGUGUGGCCAUUCAGGCAGGCAUUAUGGGUGGUUCUUGGCCUCUUCAAGUCAGUGCAAUUGAAAUUCCCAAUAGACAUCUUCGCAAGACUAACUUUAGUUGAUCUUUUAUUUGUCAUAUGACUGCUUUGUGCCAGCAAACCAAAAGAUGGUUGAGUGACAUUGCUUCCUCAUGUCUUUGCUUCCUCAAAUGCAUUAGUUUCAGAGUUAAUCAAGACCAACGCAGCAGUUAUGUGAAGAUGUGGUCUUCAGAACAGACGCAGAGUAUUUAUUUAGUUCUUCAUUAUAUCAAUAGCAUCAAGGAGAUGCUUUUCUACUGUAUCCAGAGCAAGUGUCUGUUUUGGGGUGUGCGAUAUUUAUUAUAUUAUAUUAUAUAAUAUAAUAUCAAAACUGAGGUUUUGAUAAUGUGCAAGCAUUAUUGUGAUUGUGCAUUAUCAUGUCAGUCACUUUGAGGAAGAAAAAAAGUAAACAAACACACUGGAUUUGUUAUGUAUAAGUAAUCAUAUGAUUAACUGAUAUCACUAAAGCAAGGGUGCAGUUUGUUUUUGAAACGUCAACUUAAAUGCGAUAUUGAUUUAGCAACAGUUAAAAAAUAAGUAAAUAUUAAGUGACAUUUUAGACACAAUAUUGUCAGUUUUGUUUUUCAAACACAGUAAAAUAGUUUAAAGCAGAA